GCUAACUUCAGCACCGCCUCAUUAGCAGCUAGCUAACCUAGGCUAAGUUAGUGAUAACGGUCGGUCUAUUUACUCAUACUAUAAUGAGUAAAUAAAGGCUCGCAGCAGGCCAGUCUGCUUGUAAUCAGGGAUUUAGAUUAACAACAACAGAAACGAGUCCAGAAACGAGAGGAGGCGAUGAGAACCGAAACCUGAAUGUUGAUCUUUUGUUUGUCAGGCGGACAGUGAGGGUGAGAGCUCAGGCAGGAGGCAUGAUGGAGGCGGCGCAACAUGUCUGUGAUAAAUGUGGACAGAACAUCUCGGACAUGUCCACGUCCGUCUCCCACCGCUGUCCAAAGCUGCCGGUCCGGACCGGUCCAGGGAGCCGGAGCCGAUCACCGUCAGGGAAACAACCGGUGGAGAAAAACAACCCCAACGCUUCAGCGCCACCUGCAGCCUACCUUUCUGAGGGAUCGGAGGACGUUUAUCGUACCCACGCCUGCCCCAAAUGUCGGCGCUGCUUCAAGAUGCGCUCCCACCUGCAGGAGCACCUUCGGUUGCACUUCCCCGACCCGAGCCUCCAGUGCCCCACCUGCGACUGUUUCUUCACCAGCCAGAGCAAACUGCGCAUACACCGCCUGCGGGAGGCCGGCGAGAAGGCCCACCGCUGCCACCUGUGUGAUUAUUCAGCCGUGGAGAGAAACGCCGUCCGGCGCCACGUGGCCAGCAGGCAUCCAGAGGAGGCUGACAGCAGCCAGAGCUUCCUCUGUCCCGCCUGCAGUCAAAGCUUCCUCCACAGCCGGGCCCUGAAGGCUCACAUGAAGACACACAACAUCCGGAGGGACGGGGCGCCGGUGGCCUGCUUCCAGGACGGCUGCUCCUUCCAGAGCUCCCAGAGCAAAGACCUGAUCCGACACGCCGCUGAGGAGCACGGGAUCAGAGCGGCGGCGUGUCGUCAUCACGCCUGCAGCGCCGUCUUCAAAUGCGACGCAGACAUGGAGGAUCACUACCGGACCCACCUGGCCUACCGCUGCUCAGACUGCAGCUUCUCCUGCUCCAAUAAGAACGUCUUCCUGCAGCACCGGCGACUCGGCCACACCGGCCUACAAAAGCUCUGCUGUGACUUUUGCCCCUUAGUGACCUUUAACCCCGUGGAGUACGAGCAGCACGUUGCGCGUCUCCACGCCAACGAGAAGAUCCACCGCUGCUCUCAGUGCAGCUACGUCACGGCGCAUAAACGCGGCCUGAAGCGACACGUCCUGAUGCACAGCGGUGAGAAACCUCACAAGUGCAGCUUGUGUGAGUUCAGGUGCAGAGACGAGUCGUACCUCUCCAAACACAUGCUGGUUCACACUGAGCACAAGAACUUCAUGUGUGCCGAGUGUGGAUACGUCACUAAGUGGAAGCAUUACCUGACCGUCCACAUGAGGAAACACGCCGGAGACCUCAGAUAUUCCUGUGAUCAGUGCUCCUACCGAUGCCACCGAACGGAUCAGCUUAAGAGUCACAAAUUACGACAUCAACCUAAAUCCCUCAUGUGUGAGAUCUGCGCUUACGCCUGCAAGCGCAAGUAUGAGCUCCGCAACCACAUGCUGGCCAAACACUCUGGAGAGGAGAAGAAGUCUGCUGCAUAUAAGUGCAAGUACUGCUCAUAUACCACCUGGUACCGGCAGGCGCUCCAGAACCACGAGAACUGCAAACACACCAAGCUGAAGGAGUUUGGCUGUGCGCUCUGCUCCUACUCGUCCUACAGCAGCAUCAGCCUCUUCCUGCACAAGAGGAAGGUCCACGGCUACGUCCCUGGAGAUGCAGCCUGGCUGGAGAACUACGCAGCGAAGGAAAAGGAGAGGAGCUCAGCAGAGUUCAUGGAGGACUUUUACAGGAAGUCCAAACAACCAGCUGCUGGUACACAGCAGAACCAGUCAGGAACCGAUCCCUGCACAGAAAGCUCUGCCGACGGUUCGGUUCUCGCCCUCGUUGGUCAUGAAGCCAUUUCUGAAAGAUCCGCCAGCAGUCCGGAGCAGUACUGCACUCUGGUGUUGACCACUUUACCGGACCAAAACACAAGAAAUGAGAACGGAAACUGCCAAAGCCCACCGCCGUCAACCGUGUUAGACCCGUCCACACCUGCCAGCUCGUUGGAGGAAGACAAUCUAGGAAUGCAAGACGGACCUGGUGAGCAAAGCGACGUAGAAGAUGCAAGUGAGCCUCCGACCGACCCGAGUCGAUCUGUUGAGUCUGUGGACGAUCGGACCUUCACACCUGAGGGGGCAAAUAAAGUUUCAACUAUCGGUUCUGCUUUUCCAGCCGAGGAAACCGACCCGUCACCCUCUGAGGUCCGACUGAAAGCUUUGAGGAAACACGACAAGGACCAAGCAGACGCCAUGGUUCUAGAGGGACGGGUCCAGAUGCUGGCGGUGCCAUCGGAAGCUGUUUACCGUUGUGACAAAUGUUCCUACGUAACCAGCAAGGAGACGGCUUUGGACCAGCACUGCAGACAUCUGUGUCACCGCAGGGCGAAGGGACAUGAGUGCCCUUCCUGUGGGGAGCGAUUCAAACAGAGGCGCAGGUUUGAUCACCACCUUAAAAAUCAGCAUCCUGCUCCUCCACCCAACACAGCUUCACCAGGAAAUCCUGCUGCAGCGCCGGCAGAAUCCGAACGACCACAAAGAGAAACAAGUUCACAUCAGACUGAACUUCUGUCCUCUGCAAACGAGACGUCCACAGAACUGAAACAUCAACAAGAACCGUGCACCGCCCAUAUCCAAACAACCACCGUAUCGGAACCUCAGGCUGGUGAAAUCAUGGCAAAUACAAAGAAAGUUUCAACUAAAACAUCACAGAGCAAAGCCCAGUAUGUUAAAAGAGACGGUAAAUUUGAAUGUGAGCUGUGCAGCUUUUCCUCAGCCAAGCUGGCAACCUUUAAAAAACACCUCCAGACCUGCAGACAGGCUUCAGGUCAGAUCGUUUCUGAAACAGACAAACAAGGGAGUGAAAAACUCAAAAGUAUGGAGGACCAUGUAGGAAGGACCAAUGAUGGCAGUUCAGGAGAAAACCGACCAAUCUAUGCAUUAAGAUGUAGUCAGAGAAGAGCUGUGGCCGACAAGAAAGGCCGUCUGCAGCCAUUUGAGGUCCGGUGUCCCAGCUGCCCUUAUUCAGCCAGAUCCAAACGUUUUCUAUCCCGUCACAUUCUGUCUGAUCAUAAGGAGGAAAAGCUUCAGGAUCCAGUAGAGGAUCAGUUGCACUGCCAGCAGCCUCGGAUGUAUCGCUGCAGCUGCUGCUCCUUCAGCUCCUCCAGACGCCAUCGCCUGGAGGAGCACGAGUCUCUGCACACGGGCGUCGGCCGUCACAGCUGCGACGCAUGCCACAAAACCUUCGGCGCAGUGUCCAAACUGCGCCAGCAUAAGCUGCGCAUCCACGACAAACAGCCCACACACUUCUGCCCGCUGUGCGACUUCGCCGGCUACGCUCUUGACGACGUCAGACGUCACAGCCGCCGGUGUCACUCAGGGGAGUUGCAGCACAUCUGCAGUCACUGCAACGCUCGGUUUAGUUCCGAGAUUGCUUUGAGGAACCACUGCAAACGGGCGCACCAACUUCAGGCCUGCUUUUCAUGUAAGAAAUGUGACUUUACAUGCAGCAGCGAAGGGACACUGAAGCAGCACCAGCAGAGCAGACACCCGGAGCUGAAAUGCAGCACCUGCCAGGAGGAGUUUCAGACUGAAGAAAGCCUCGGCCUUCAUCAGAGGACUCACCUGGCGCACCCAUGCCAGCUCUGCCCCUUCGCAGCCAAAACAAAGCCGCUGCUAGCGCAGCACCUUCUGAGCCAACAUGAGGGGGGGUCAUCAGAGGACAAGCCUCUGCGCUGCAGCACAUGCGAGUUCGCCUGUUGGCAUCAGUUGGUGCUGGAGCAGCACCUCCGGUCGCAUGGGAGCAAGCGCUUGUACAAAUGCACAGACUGCGAGUACGCAACCCGGAACAAGCAGAAGAUCACGUGGCACAUUCGCAUUCACACCGGGGAGAAACCGUACAGCUGUGAGCAGUGCAGCUACGCCUGCUCUGACCCGUCCAGGCUGAAGCUGCAUAUGAGAGUUCACCAAGAAGAGAAGAAGUACCUUUGCCCAGAGUGCGGCUACAAAUGCAAAUGGGCGACGCAGCUGAAGUACCACAUGACCAAGCACACGGGGGAGAAACCAUACCCCUGCGAUGAGUGUGGGUACCGCACCAACCGAGCAGACACCCUGCGCGCACACCGGGACACGCAGCACCGCGACCUCCGACCUUAUGUCUGCGAGAAAUGCGGCAAAGCCUUUAAAACCAGCUUCAUCCUGAAGACCCACCAGAAGAAGCACACGGACGACCGAGCGUACGCCUGUGGACUGUGCCAGAAAUCGUUCCGGUGGCCCGCGGGUCUCCGACAUCACUUCCUGUCCCACACGGAGCAGCGGCCAUUUUCCUGCCGUCACUGCGCUUACAGAGCCAAGCAGCGGUUCCAGGUGGUCAAACAUCUGCAGAGGCACCAUCCCGAAGAGUCGGCGGAGCAGGGCGUGCUGCGGGACUCAGACCGGAGCAUCCUCACCCUGAAGGAGGCCCUGCAGGGGGCGCCACACGCCACAGCGGUCAGGGAGCAUCGUCGUCCAGCCAGGGAAGAAGAGGCUGUUUCUGAAGGAGACGGAGCAGCAAAACUAAACACAGAAACCCAGUGAAGAUCCUGAGAUGUAUGAAUAUUUAUGGGCUGACUCUGGGUUCCAUUUGAGAAAAAACCUACAUUGUGUUUAUGAACAAAGAAAUGAGCCAUAAGGUAGAACAUCAUCAGUUAACACUGUUUUUAAUAAGGUCUAUUUUUAUAUGUAUAACACUGAUAUUUGGCAUUUUAUACAUUCGUGUCCAACAGUCGUCCAGUUAUGAUGCUGUUCGUUCAGGCAGGUUCAACAUGCAGCAAAAUGUUCAGACUACAUGAAAACAUCUGAGAGGAUCUACCACUAAAUAUACAGUCAUUUUCCUAAUGACCUAAAAACUGUAAUGAAUAAAGACUCAUAGCUACUUC